AUGAAGUGCCUGAACAACCGGGCCGACAGCCACCUGACCGGGCAGGUGGAGCUGGACAGCAUGGGAAACGAAGCCUGGGUCAACCACGGCUACUGUGGCUCUCCUCCGGCCCUGCCUCGAGCUGUCAGCACCAUCUACAACCCCCAACCCCUCUUCCAGGGCUCCAUGGACAGCAUGUACAAACUGGACACCCCAGGCCCAUUCCCAGAGGACCCAACAUCCACCGACCAAAGUCUGGUGAAGAAACCAAGAGGCUGCUGCUCUUUUAUCAAAGGCUUGUGGGGCACAACCUUGACUGAAAACACCUCAAACAACAGAGAACUGUUUGUCCGAACCACGCUACGGGAGUUAAUGGUCUAUCUGGUGUUUCUGGUGGAUAUAUGUCUCUUGACAUACGGUAUGACCAGCUCGAGCACCUAUUACUACACUAAAGCCAUGACGGACCUGUUUGUGAAUACAGCCAGUGAGAGUGGAGUUAGGUUUCAGUCCAUUAGCACCAUGGCUGACUUCUGGACUUAUUCCCAGGGCCCGUUGUUGGAUGGCCUCUACUGGACCAAAUGGUACAACAACCAGUCCUUGGACAGUGGAGACCAGUCGUUCAUCUACUAUGAGAACAUGCUGCUAGGAGUCCCCAGAAUGAGGCAGAUCAAGAUCAUGAACAACUCCUGCAAGGUCCACAAAGACUUCAGUGAUGAGAUAUUUGGCUGUUUCGAUGUUUACAUCGACAAGAAGGAGGAUGACCUUAACUUCGGACUCAUCAACGGCACCGCGUGGACCUACCACACAGAGAAAGAAAUCAAAGGUUCUUCCCACUGGGGCUUGCUGACCACAUACAGUGGAGCGGGAUACUACCAUGACUUGGGUCGCACCAAAGAGGAGAGCACCAUCGUACUGCAGGAACUGGUGGACAACCUGUGGCUCGACCGAGGAACCAGAGCAGCCUUUGUUGACUUCUCCACUUACAACGCAAACAUCAACAUGUUCUGUGUCAUCAGGUUGGUUGUUGAAUUUCCUGCGACUGGUGGUGCAAUCCCUUCCUACCAGAUAAGGACCGUGAAGCUAAUUCGCUACAUCACCAACUGGGACUUCUUCAUCCUCGGCUGCGAGAUGGUCUUCUGUUUAUUCAUCCUCUACUACAUUGUAGAGGAGAUUAUUGAGUUGCGAAUACACAAGUUCUCCUAUUUUAAUAGCAUCUGGAACAUUUUGGAUAUUGUUGUCAUAAUGCUCGCCAUCGUUGCCGUUAUAUUCAAUAUUUUCCGUACCAUAAAAGUGGACAACCUGCUCGGCAAACUGCUAGAAGAACCCGGUAUCUACGCUGAUUUUGAAUUUCUGGCCUUCUGGCAAAUGCAGUACAACAACAUGAAUGCAGUGAACUUGUUCUUUGCAUGGAUCAAGGUUUUCAAGUACAUCAGUUUUAACAAGACCAUGACUCAGCUGUCCUCCACACUGGGUCGCUGUGCUAAGGACAUCUUGGGCUUCGCCAUCAUGUUCUUCAUCGUGUUCUUCGCCUACGCUCAACUUGGAUAUUUGCUCUUUGGGACAGAGGUUGAAUCUUUCAGCACCUUCGUCAAGUGCAUAUUCACACAGUUCAGGAUCAUUCUUGGAGACUUUGAUUACAAUGCCAUCGACCGUGCAAACAGAGUUCUAGGGCCGAUCUACUUUGUCACCUAUGUGUUCUUUGUUUUCUUUGUUCUACUGAACAUGUUUCUGGCCAUCAUAAACGACACAUAUUCUGAAGUGAAGGGGGAGCUGUCAUCGCAAAAAGAUGAGCUCCAGAUUACAGACAUCAUCAAACAGAGCUAUAUGAAGACAUUUACAAAGUUGAAACUUAAAAAAGAGAAGAUAUCAGAUGUUCAGAAGGCGAUACGCUCUGGAUCUGGAGAAAUUGAAUUCAAAGACUUCAGAGAAACUCUGAAAGAGUUGGGACAUGCUGAUCAUGAAAUUUCUGCGGCCUUCUCACGGUUUGACCACGAUGGGAACCAAAUUCUAGACAAGGACGAACAAAAGAGGAUGACAAUCGAGCUGGAGGAAAAGAGGGAUGCUCUUAGCGCUGAACUCAACAAUCUUGGGAUAAAUUACCAGAAAGAUGUACUGGAGAAGCCUCCUGUAACAUCCAACGACCAGAAGAACCACUCCAGUCCUACCUCUGUGGAUCAGGAAGAGUUUCUAAGACUGGGAAGACAGGUUCUCCAGCUUGAAAGCUCUGUGGCGGGUAUCACAUCCAGGAUGGAGCUAAUUAUGGAGAAACUGGGAUUACAAGAGAAAGCUAAAGGGAACGAAAUGAAACUGACUAGUGAUGACACGGCCUCGGAUGGGAGCGUCCUGGUUUGUGUGGACAGAGAGACGAAGGCUAAGACGUCAUCGAGGAGACUGGGGGUUCCCCCUAAAUCCACAUUCAACUCUAAAAUAUGA